AUGGCGCCUACCGUUCUUGGAAUUGUUGCAUCGACUCGCACUCAAAGAGUCCUACUCACAUUGGAAGAACUAGGCAUUGAGUAUGACUUCAAAGUCGUAGAUCUCUCAAAGGGACAACACCACGAUCCUGAAUAUGUCAGAGAUCAUCAUCCCUUCGCCAAGGUUCCAGUGUUCCAAGACGAUGGAGUCGAGAUUUUCGAGUCUAGAGCCAUUGCUCGAUACCUCGCCGUGAAGCACAAGUCGCAUCUUGCUCCGCCUAGCGAUGGUCCGGAAGCUUUGGCAGUAUUCGAGCAAGCUGCUAGUGUGGAAUAUGCCUAUUUUGAGCCGGCUGUCUCUGCUCUAGGAUUCGAGCUAAUUUUUAAGAAGCUGUUCAAACUCGGAGACACCGAUCAGGCGAUAGUUGACCAACAAAAGACCGUGCUCAACACGACGCUGAAUUACUAUGAAAAGACACUCGAGGCUCAAGAGUAUCUGACCGGAAAGGACUACAGCCUCGUUGACCUCUUUCAUGUCCCCUGGUUAGGAUUUAUUAGGAACCGAUUGCAACUUGGAGAGUUGAUCGACUCUAGGAAGAACGUGGCGGCAUGGGCUGAGCGCAUAAGCCAGCGUGACGCAUCAAAGGCGGUUUCGGCCAAGGCAGCCCAGCAUUAG